AUGGCAGGGGCUUUGGAAAACGCACGUAAGGAAAUCAAAAGAAUCUCUUUGGAAGACCAUGCAGAGACUGAAUAUGGGCAAAUAUACUCUGUUUCAGGUCCAGUGGUGGUUGCUGAGAAUAUGAUCGGUUGUGCAAUGUAUGAAUUAGUAAAAGUUGGCCACGAAAAUUUGGUUGGAGAAGUUAUUAGAAUUGACGGUGAUAAGGCCACUAUCCAAGUGUACGAAGAGACUGCAGGUGUGACAGUUGGUGAUCCUGUGUUAAGAACUGGUAAACCUCUCUCUGUUGAAUUAGGACCUGGUUUGAUGGAGACUAUCUAUGAUGGUAUCCAAAGGCCGUUGAAGGCCAUUAAGGACGUGUCACAAUCAAUUUACAUUCCUAGAGGUAUUGAUGCGCCUGCAUUGAGCAGAGAGAUCAAAUGGCACUUCACCCCAGCUAAGCUAUCUGCUGGUGACCAUAUCACUGGUGGUGAUAUUUUUGGUUCGAUAAUGGAGAAUUCUCUACUUGAAGACCAUAAGAUCCUCUUGCCACCCAGGGCUAGAGGUACAAUUACCUGGAUCGCUCCAGAAGGUGAUUACACUGUUGAUGAAAACAUAUUAGAAGUUGAAUUUGAUGGUGCUAAGUCUUCUUAUUCUAUGUAUCAUACGUGGCCAGUUCGUGUUCCAAGACCCGUGACUGAAAAAUUAACUGCUGACCAUCCACUAUUGACAGGCCAAAGAGUUUUAGAUGCUUUAUUCCCAUGUGUCCAGGGUGGUACUACAUGUAUUCCAGGGGCAUUCGGUUGCGGUAAAACUGUGAUUUCCCAAUCCUUAUCCAAGUAUUCUAAUUCAGAUGCCAUUAUAUACGUUGGUUGUUUUGCAAAGGGGACUGACGUUUUGAUGUCAGAUGGUGCUGUUAAGGCAAUUGAGGAUAUCAAUAUUGGUGACUUUGUUAUGGGAAAGGAUGGCAACCCACGUGAAGUUACAGCGCUUCCAAGAGGCAGAGAAAUGAUGUACAGAGUGGGGGAUGAAAAUUCUGAAUUUGAAUUUGUUUGUAAUGGUGCUCACAAGUUGGUUGUUGAGACUCCAAGAUCAGUACGUGUUACAAGAAAUGGUCCAAAACAUACUGUUAACUAUUUAGGAAUGUGUUAUGAACAGACCAAGGACGGUAGAGUGAUCGAGUUGUGUAAGCAAAUUUCAAAAGACUUUGAAACUGCAGAAGAAUUCAUGAGCUUUACUGCUGAAAUGCCUAAGGACAAAAUCCAGUGGACCAUUGAGGCAAGAGAUGUUCAACUUAUCGAACCUGCUGUUCGUGAGCUUACCACACAAAUCAUUUCUCCAAUUAAUUAUGAAGGAAGGAAAUUAGUGGAAUACUUAUCAAAUUUGAAGGUGGACAGUCCAGUUGAGCUUCCAUUUAUCGUCGCAUACUUUUUAGGUUUAUGGUUUAGUAAUUCAUCAGAAACCUUAACUGUUGGUGCGGAAUUAUUUUCCCGUAUAAGUAAAAGCGCCCAGAUGCUAGGGUUGGCUGCUGAGAGGAAAUCUAAUCAACUAGUUGAUAUCAAUAUCAAGAACUCUAUACUUUCUGAUGUUAUUUCUGAAUUUGGUUUUGAAAAUGGAGCUACCAAACAGAUUCCUGACUUUUUACGUACCGAGUUGGUUUUGGUUAGAGAAUAUUUCUUGGCGGGUAUUGUUGACUGUUUAGGAUCGAUUGAAGAUGUUGCAGAAGGUUACGUAUUAAAAAUUGACAUACCAAAAACAUCUUUGGGAACUGCUUUAAUUCCUUUACUUCGUUCUUUAGGCUUGAAUACACACUUGGCUGACAGCACAUUGAAUGUUUCAGGAAAAAGCUCAUUGGAGUCUUUAUUAAGCUUAUCCGGCAAUACAAACAUCGCCAGGCCUUAUAAUGUUACGAGAGAAUCUCAAAACUUCAAGUUUUUCUUGGAAGAACAAGGUGAAAAUGACUACUAUGGUAUUACAUUACCCGAGGAUUCUGAUCGCCAAUUUUUAUUGAGCAACCAAGUCUUAGUUCAUAACUGUGGUGAACGUGGUAAUGAAAUGGCUGAAGUUUUAAUGGAAUUCCCUGAGCUAUUCACUGAAGUGAACGGUAGAAAAGAACCUAUUAUGAAACGUACGACAUUAGUCGCAAACACCUCCAAUAUGCCAGUCGCAGCCAGAGAAGCUUCAAUCUACACGGGUAUUACCCUAGCUGAAUAUUUCAGGGAUCAGGGUAAGGAUGUUUCUAUGAUUGCAGAUUCCUCAUCAAGAUGGGCAGAAGCUUUAAGAGAAAUCUCCGGUAGAUUGGGUGAAAUGCCUGCCGAUCAAGGGUUCCCCGCAUAUUUGGGAGCGAAGUUAGCUUCAUUCUAUGAAAGAGCUGGCAAAGCGAUCGCGUUAGGCUCUCCAAACCGUGUGGGCUCUGUUUCCAUCGUUGCAGCAGUCUCACCAGCAGGUGGUGACUUUUCAGAUCCAGUGACUACAUCCACGUUGGGUAUUACCCAGGUCUUUUGGGGUUUGGAUAAGAAAUUGGCUCAAAGGAAGCAUUUUCCAUCUAUUAACACUUCUGUUUCAUAUUCCAAAUAUACCAAUAUUUUGAACAAGUAUUACGAUAACAACUAUCCUGAAUUCCCAACGUUGAGAAACCGCAUUAAGGAGAUAUUGUCUAAUUCAGAGGAGUUGGAGCAAGUCGUGCAAUUAGUGGGGAAAUCAGCCCUAUCAGAUAGUGAUAAGAUCGUUUUGGAUGUCGCUAAUUUAAUUAAGGAGGAUUUUCUUCAACAGAAUGGAUACUCUACCUAUGAUGCCUUCUGUCCGAUCUGGAAGACCUAUGAUAUGAUGAAAGCCUUCGUAUCAUACUAUGAUGAAGCACAGAGGAGUAUUUCCAACGGUGCUAAUUGGGCAAAAUUAUCUGAAGCCACCACAGACGUUAAGCAUGCUGUCUCCUCAUCGAAGUUCCUUGAACCAAGCAGAGGUGAGAAUGAAGUGCAUUCUGAAUUCGAAAAAAUAUUCUCUACAAUUCAAGAAAGAUUUGCAGAAUCUACUGAUUGA